AUGGCACCGUGGCAUCGGGACAUCGACGUAUCGCAAUCACCUGCUGCGUCUGUGCCGGAUAUCAUCGUUGCCCGCCUGACCCCGGCCUACGACCGCAUUCCCGAUGGCCUGACCGACCGACAAUGGACAGUCAUUCAAUCUACGUCGCUAGCUGUCGCUGCUCUGAGCUUUGCAUCCGUCACCCUCGCCUUCUACUGGUUUUCUCGCAUGAGGCGAAGCUUCAGACAUGACCUCAUCAUGUUGCUUAUGUCGAGCGACAUGCUCAAGUCGCUAUGGUUCAUCAUCUUCCCCAUCGUGGACUUCAAGACGGGUUCAGUUGCAUCCGAAUCGUCGUUUUGCCAAGCGAGCGGCUUCUUCCUUUCCGUCGGCAUAGAAGCGUCAGACAUCGCCGUUGUUCUCAUCGCCCUCCAUACGGCAAUUUAUAUCUUCCGCCCGCGGCACUCUGGGCGCCAGAGCGGCCUAUAUCCCCACCGCCGCCUUGCGUUCAGUGCUUUUGUAUUCCUUCCGCUCCUGAUGGCCUCUUUGGCCUUCAUCGGCUGGCCCGGCUACGUGAACAAUGGCGAGUACUGCUACUUGCCUGUUCGUCCUGAGUGGUCUAGGCUCGCCCUCAGCUGGGUGCCGCGCUACAUGAUUCUUUUUAUCAUUGUUGCGCUUUAUGCCUACAUUUACAUAUACGUCACCUUGCGCAUGCGGCGCUUCGGUCGCCUCAGCGCCAUGAGGCGCGCAAGCGCAACACAGAUGCCAGAUAACGGACACUGGGCUCACAUCCCCUCGGUACCCACUACCCCUACAUCUCGUCGUGGAUCCGAGACCUCCAUGGAGGAGUCGGAGCGACGACGUACCUCAUCCACGGCUACCACGAUGACGGCCGAGAUUGAGCUCUUGCACAGUCGUCAAAAGAUUACGUGGAACUGGCCGACAUAUGGCGGCGACGACGAUUGUCGGAUUCCUGUGACGGAGGAGGUCCUCUCACCCCGCGCGCUGGGACCCAGCACCAGCCCCCGUACCGCGACCUUUGAACCCAUCUCGCCACCUCCCCAGAGCUACAUACGGCGCGACACCGUUGAUCAGAGUCCACCAGAUCACCAUUACCAACACCAAGCAAGUUUCAGCACCUAUUGGCAGCCGCCAAGUAGCCCGACGAGUGCUCGCGCCAAAUCACUUGCCAACAUCUGGUCGAUCCUCCGUCGAGGUACAUCCUUUGAAUCGGAUCCCGAACACAACGCAACCCCGUUUCUCUUUCACCCGGCCAUGGAUGGCACGGGUAUGACUAAGACGCGCGACAAGAUUCGUCGUCAACUGCGAUUGCUUUUUGUAUACCCCCUCGUGUACAUUCUGAUUUGGGCGGUUCCUUUUGUUGCGCACAUCAUGCGCUGGGAUAACCCCGAGGACUCGGGCCCUUUUGCGGUUGUACUCUUGUCACUAGCAGGCGAGAUACAGGAGAGCGCCGUCCAAGACGCGGCGAGAUAA